GAUUGUUAAGCCAAGGCAAACAGAGGGGGUGGGGGUUCAGUGAUGUAACAUUGUCUCCGGAAUACUAAACAGAAAAAAGACGACUAGGACGGGGAGACACGCGAGAAAGAGAGAAAGAGUUGUUACUGACUGUUCUCUUCAUCCUGAAGCCGUCCACCUGCCUGUCCUUUGGUCUGUCUACCUAACUCUUCAUCCAGCCCUCACUCCAUCCUGAGGUUCCUUCAGAACUCUUGGUCCUGCACUGAGGGUCUGCUACUCGGAACCUCCUCUGUGGAGAAUGGGCUUUGCUGACCUACUGGAGGAGGUUGGCGGCUUUGGCAGGUACCAGUGGCUCCAUGUGACCCUUAUAAGUUUACCUGGUCUGUUGAUGGCGAGUCAGAACCUGCUGAACAACUUUGUCUCAGGAAUUCCUGCCCACCAUUGCAGCCUUCCAGCCAAUCACAGCCACUACAACUUGUCUCAGUACCAGGUGGAGGAGAAAGAGUUUAUCAAAGCUUUUAUCCCCAUGGACUCUUCAGGAACAAGACUGGACCGCUGCAAAAGGUAUGUUGAGCCUCAGUGGCAGCUGUUAGUACCGAAUAACACAGCUAAUCUGAGCCAGCUACAGACUGAAGAAUGUUUGGACGGAUGGACAUUUGACAGAUCAGAGUUCCUUGCUACCACCGUCUCCGAGUGGCAGCUGGUGUGUUCUCUGCGUCCUCUCAAACAGAUGAUUCAGACCAUUUAUAUGGGCGGAGUUUUGACAGGAGCAAUUAUUUUUGGAGGUCUUUCAGACAGGUUUGGGAGGCGGUCUAUCCUUAUAUGGUCAUACCUCCAGCUUGGUAUUCUGGGUUGUAGCUCGGCCCUCUCUCCUUCGUACACCGCCUAUUGUAUUUUCAGGUUUUUGAGUGGGAUGGCAGUGUCCGGCAUCAUCCUGAAUGGAGUCUCACUGAAGGUGGAGUGGAUCCCAACCAAAGAGAGGACGUUAGUGGGCACGCUGUCUUCCUUCUUUUUUACCUUUGGUCAGAUGGUCCUUGCAGGGCUUGCCUAUUGGCUGAGAGACUGGAGGAAGUUACAGCUUGUUGCCUGUGCUCCCAUGUUCUUGUUCUUCAGCUACAGCUGGUGGUAUGUAGAGUCGGCUCGUUGGUUGGUUUUGAACCGUCGGUCUGAUGAGGCGUUGAAGAGUCUUCAUCGAGUCGCUCGAAUCAAUGGAAAACCAGAGGUUGUUGACAAACUAACCUUGGAGGUUCUGCACUCUCACAUGAGUAAGGAGAUCGAGUCGAGUCGCUCAACGUUCACAGCAUACGAUCUACUGAGGACCAGGGGGAUGAGAAGGAUCUCUAUCUGUCUGGUGGCUGUCUGGUUCUCAACCAGUUUUGCAUACUACGGUUUGGCGAUGGACCUACAGAAGUUUGGGGUGAGACAGUUACCUGUCCGACUGUCUGUCUGUAUUCCUCCCUGUCUGUUUGUCUGUCUGUCUCUCUUUCUGUCUCUCUCCUUCUCCCCGUCUGUGUGCCUGUUUCUUUGUCUUUUUUCUCUCUGGCUGUCUCUCUGUCUGUCUGUCUGCCUGUCUCACCCUUCCUGUCCUCCAAUUGGCUGGGUCCUCCAGGUCAGUAUCUACCAGAUACAGAUUAUUUUUGGAGCUGUGGAUUUUCCCGCUAAACUGGUGGCUCUUGGGAUGCUCACCUACCUGGGUAGGAGGGUCUCUCAGGCCACGUGUCUCUUCCUGUCUGCUCUCAUCAUAUUUGCCAACAUCUUCGUCCCCACAGAAAUGCAGACCAUCAGGACCACCUUGGCUUGCCUUGGGAAAGGUUUUACUUCGGCCUCCUUCACCACCGUCUAUCUGUACACCGGAGAGCUCUACCCCACCAUCAUCAGACAGACAGGAAUGGGCUUCGUCUCCACCAUGGCGAGGCUUGGCAGCAUGGCAGCUCCUGCCGUCCUCAUGCUAGACGAGGUAUUCCCUGCCCUGCCCAGUAUGGUGUAUGGGGGUUCGGCAGUAUUAGCCGGCUGCUUCGCCUGCUUCCUGCCAGAGACACUGAACAUGCCGUUGCCUGACACCAUCGAAGACGUGGAGGAGAGAUGGUCUGGAACAAGUCCCACCCUUCAAAUAGCAGAGGGCGUGUCUUUGAAAGAGGGCAUGGACUUUGGGGGUGGAGGCGUGGCAUUGACUGAAGAUUGUCCUUUAAAAGAGCUGAAGGAAGCAGAAGGGACGGGACUGAACGCCCUCUGACCAAUCAGAUGGCUAAACUGGGCCUUGACCAAUCCGGAGGCUGGAGGGAACCUCGACCAAUCAGACGUCUGGACUGAACCUUCACCAAUCAGACAACCAGUGUCAUUAAUGACAAAAUAGGUGUCGGUUUAGGUUUUUAGUAUUGAGAUUUUUUUCAGAAAGGAAUAAUAUUAAUAAAUAAAGAGCCUCAGAUGUUAGAUUAUAGAUUAACUGUAUGUGAAGCUAAAACACAGCAGUGAUGUGUUCUCUAAUGAGUUAAGUUUCUGUCAUUGCUAAUGAUAAAUCAAUAACAAUUCAACAUAACUGAAACAGUAAUGAUAGCAGAUAUGUGUUGUCUUUGUUUCAGGCUGUGUGAAGCUUCAGUUACGUGACGUGACAUGAGUCCCGUGACUAAGUGCAGCUCUAGCUUCUUGCAGUUUCUCAGCAUUAACCUGUACCCAGAUGCUAUACUUCAGUGUAGGUACUUAUACCUACACUGAAAACUGUCUAAAAGUAAACAAAUUUAAUCUCUAA